CACUCCAUCGGCAAUAAUCACAAAAUGGGAAUACUAAUUAGGCAGCUGGUGUUUGCCACAACUGUUGUCAUGGCCGUGGCAGCUGCUCCUUCAUCGGCAGCGUCGCUGGUCACGUUCAUUUUCGGCGACUCAUUAACAGAAGUUGGAAACAACAACUUCCUGCAAUACUCACUCGCAAGAUCAGACUAUCCUUGGUACGGUAUUGAUUAUGAUGGCGGCCAGGCCACCGGGAGGUUCACAAAUGGAAGGACUAUUGGCGACGUAAUAUCUGCAAAGCUUGGAAUUCCAUCGCCGCCGCCUUAUCUUUCCGUGUCGAAGAACGUUGAUGCACUCCAAGGAGGGGUUAACUAUGCUUCUGGAGGAGCAGGGAUUCUCAAUGAGACUGGACUAUAUUUUAUUCAGAGACUAACCUUCAAUGAUCAAAUAGAUUUAUUCAAAACCACUAAAGAAACAAUCAAGACUAAGAUAGGAGAAGGGGCUGCCAACAAGCUUUUCAAUGAAGCCAUGUACUUCAUUGGAAUUGGUAGCAAUGACUAUGUCAACAAUUUCUUGCAGCCCUUCUUAGCAGAUGGACAACAAUACACGCAUGACGAAUUCGUAGAACUCUUAGUCUCAACCUUGGAUCAACAAUUUUCUAGGCUUUACCAACUUGGUGCGCGAAAGAUGGUGUUCCACGGGCUGGGUCCGCUAGGCUGCAUACCUUCUCAGAGGGUGAAAUCAAAGACAGGAGAAUGCUUGAAGAGAGUCAAUGAAUGGGUUCUGGAAUUCAACUCAAAAGCAAAAAACCUUGUAAACUCUCUGAACAAACGUUUACCAAAUGCAAAGUUCAUGUUUGCAGAUACAUACCAAGAUGUUCUGGAUUUGAUCGUCGCCCCUGCCACCUAUGGUUUCAAGGUCUCAAACACAUCAUGUUGCAAUGUUGACACAACAGUAGGAGGUUUAUGCUUGCCCAAUGCCAAAAUGUGUGGUAAUCGCAAGGAUUAUGUGUUUUGGGAUGCCUUCCAUCCGACUGAUGCAGCAAAUGUGGUGCUUGCUGACAAGUUUUUUUCUACCCUCUUCUCUGCUUCUCCUCAAGCAGCUCCAGGGCCUUCGCACCAUUGAUGCAUAGAUCCAAAAAUUAUGUUGUAAUUCCCCAUACAAUUAUUACUUAUUAGGGUUUAGGAACCCGUAUAUGCCUUCAUGGAAAUUACUCAUAUGAAGAUGCAAAGGAAUUGAAAUUAUAAAUUAAUUAAGAAGCAGAAUUAUUAUCA